AUGGAAGGGGCCCUGCAUGCUGCUUCCUACGGGCCCGCAGCAGCAGCAGCAACACCAGCAGCAGCAACAACAGCAGGAACAGCAGCAGCAGCAGCAGCGCCAGCUGCUGCAGCAGCUGCUGCUGCACAGGACUUAAGCAAGUCGCCCCUAUAUCAGAAGCUUCGGGCUGAAAUUGAGAGUCUUCCGGAGCUGCAGACGCCCUCCAACCAGCAGCAACAGCAGCAGCAGCAACAGCAGCAGCAGCAGCAGCAGCAGCAAGGCAGCAGGUGCAUCCUUCACGACUACCAGAUAGACGGAGCUGCGUGGAUUCUGCAGCGUUUUGCUGCCAAUCUGAAUUGCAUUGUGGCAGAUUUGCCACUUUUUAGUCCCCAUUAA